AUUUGGAUUUGAAUCAUUUAAUUUGUUGUUACAUUUGUUCCACUCUUAACCUUGUUCAUAUCAUAAUUUCUGCUAAGUAGAUAGAUGUAGUUUUUUUAAACAAGCGUUGUCAUUACUGUUAGUACUUUCUUUUUCAAAAGGGUUGAUUUUUCAUACCGUGAAAUGCAAAAGCCUUGAUGUUAAAGUGGAAAAAAAAAAGAGAUGCAUAAAAAAAAACAACAGUUUUCAAGAUGCUACAAAGGAAGAUCAUACUGUUUAAUCUGUAUCUUGGUACCAUUAUUGAACCAACACAGGAUAGGGGGAGGAUAGGAUGUCAAUUUUAUAGAGUGCCCAUGCUGGGGAAAAUUGAUGUGGCCAAUUGUUCAGGCAGCUGGGGGGCAAUGGGCAUGGCCAGGGAGAUUUUAAUGGUGACCUCUUUUAAUACUUGAAAAUCCAGCACUUUUUCAUUUUGAUACCCAAUGCCCUCGUCUCUUUCUCUGCUUUUCCCCACCAAAAAAAUUGACCCAAAAACUGUGGUAAACUGUCAAAUUAUUGGGGCAAAAACAAAGGCUUGAGAAGAGAAAGCGCCCUUUCUCUCUCUCCUGUUGUACUGCUUCCCAGCCAAAAGAAAGAGGAAAAAAGAAAGGACAAGCCCCCCGUCUCUGAUCUCUCUUUUCCAUUGCAAACUGGGAAUUGAAAAAGAAGAAAGAGCAAAAGACAUCAUAAAGAAAUUGACUAAUCCAUCUACCCAUGGAAAGAGUACUGUCUUGCUACUAUUUUAACCUUUCUUCUCGUUAAAGUACAAGUAUCUCCCCUCCCCCCCCCCCUUCCUCUCUGUCUCUUUAUUUUUACCAUACAAGACUUUUGUUUCCAUUGAAGAAGAAAGAUGCCAAGGCCAGGCCCUAGACCUUACGAGUGUGUAAGAAGAGCUUGGCAUAGCGAAAGACACCAACCCAUGAGAGGUUCCAUCAUUCAGCAGAUUUUAAAGCUCGCUGUCCAAACUCACAGCACAGCUACUAGAAAGAACAAGGAAUGGCAAGAUAAAAUACUUAUUGUCAUCGUCAAAGCUGAGGAGAUUAUGUAUUCCAAAGCCAAUUCUGAGGCUGAAUAUAUGAACCUGGAAACCUUAUGGGACCGUGUUAAUGAUGCCAUCAACACGAUUAUCCGUAGAGAUGAGAGCACUGAAACAGGACAGCUUUUGCCACCUUGUGUUGAAGCGGCCCUUAAUCUGGGAUGCUAUCCAGUGAGAGCUUCAAGGAGCCAACGGCAUUGUAAUCCUAGGACUUACCUUACACCAAGAGCACAAGAACCUGUGUCUGCAGCUCCUAGGAUUUUGGAUAAAGGUAGUGAUGAAAGGUGUCCUCAGUUAUCGCCAGUUCAGUCUGGCAAUCAAUUUCCAAGAAUAGCCACCAAUGUGAAUUCCAACAUUUCAGUUUCACAAACUAACCGUCAAAGUUAUUCUUUUCUGUCUGAAAAUUGUCCAUCUGGCCAUGACCAAUUGAUGAGGAUGGAAACUAACACCCCGCCAAACUUGGGUCAAGUUUUUCCCCUUUAUUAUGGAAUUCACUAUCAAAAUUCAGAGUCCCAGACAGGAUCUCCAGUUCAGGAAAAUAUAGCAUCUGAGGCUAUAAUUAUUGGGAGACCUAUUGGUACACCGAUCGGAGAGCCAGCUGAAAUGGUUUCCUUGCAGAAUCUAUUUUCAUCUUCUGAUGUUGAUGUUGGUGGGAAGAGAAUUGGACAGCUAGAUAUCAGGCACACCCAUGAGAAGUCAUUUGGGACAGAAUGUGAUUUGUCUUUGAGGUUGGGUCUAUUUUGUGACCCUUGUAUGCAAGUAGAAAAUAAUUCAAUUUGUCAAACUGAAGAUGUUGGUCCAAGCAGCUCUCAAAAUGGGGGCAAAGUUAAUGACGUUUUUCAACAAAAUGGUAAAGAGUUACAUUUUUUUCCAGAGAGGACUGUUAAUGACCAUUUUGAAUCAUUUUCAAGAAAGUGGUUUGUAGAAAGUGAAGGCCACAAUUCGGGGGCAACAAUGAGAAAGCGCAAGGCUAUAUUUGGAGGCAAUUCGGAAGAUGGACAAUUUUGCUGGCGACCAGGGCCCUCAUCUAAUAAUUGAAGAAAUGGGCCAGGUUUGUAGACAAUGGUUUAAUGUUGUAUUUUGUCCUUCAAAAUUAAUGACCUCUUGAUCUUAUUAGUGAAUCCCUUUUUCAAUUUUUAAUUUCUAAGUACAUCUGUAAAAUAUAAAUGCGGACCUUGAGUUGCAUUGUUGGGAUGCAGCAGAGAGUGAACUGUAAAUAAAAUCUGAGCAUGAUUGAUAUCUAAUAGUUGAUGAUUUAAUUCUCAUUGCACAUCUAAUUACUUAAAACCUUUCAAUAAAUAAUUUUAGAUCAGUUGAGGGCCACAUAAGGAAUAUUUGCCUUCUCAUGAUCAUUCUAAGUGAUUUGUUGGUUUCUACUUGUACAAAGGUCUAGAGCAAGAAGAACGAGGAAAAAAAUGUGUACUGUAGGCAAAUUAAUUAGCUAUUUGAAACUAUAAAGUGGAGUAACAUAUAGACCUUAGUUAACACAGGGGGAAGUGAACCAAAUUGUGGGCUGGUUAUGAAGGAUUUGUCCAACAUCCACCAUUCGUGUUCCCUGUUGCCAUAGGUGAAUGGGCAAGGAUUGGUUUUUGCAUGUUUGUAGCACAGUCAUACAUUUCUUGCUGAUAUGACUGUUUCUUGAGUUAGCCACUGGAGGGUACUUUUUAGUUCUUGGCAUUAGGGUUGAUUGAGCCCAAUUUUUUUGUUGUAGUACAGUUUGCUGCGUGUGAUGACUACCAGGUGAGGAAUUACCCGUUAGAUUUUAUCACUUCUGUAGUGUAAAUAAGUGUUUGCUAAAUCACUUGUUUUGGGGAUCAGGAUGGCAAGAGGCAUCUGAGUGUUCGAAGAAAUAGUGUGAUUAUGGCAGGUGCAGGGGAUAUGGGGCAGGAUGGGAGCUAAGGGUCUCAUACUCAUCUUUGCCGUGUGAUACACUUAAGUGAUUAGAUGCACUUGGGCAUAACUUGGUUCUUGGGAACAAUCCUGGGUAGCAUUUUAACUUAUUAGGUUUUCAGGUGGCACCGAUGCACGCUAGAAGGAUUCUUUGGUUGAGCACUUGUUGGUGUUUUAUAGAAUGAGCCUUUAUGUGUUAGCUGUGUGAUUGAUGAGUGGAGUUUAUGCUUACCUAUUUCAAGAACCUAUUUAUGAUGGUGAAGUGGCUUGCAUCAAGAAUGACUUUAUUAUUUUCCUUCGGAUGGGGAGUGAGUGAGGCAAAUGGGUGCCAGUGGUUUUCAGUUAAGCCUCAAAGAUGAAUUCUUGCUUUGAGGAUUACUUCAUUUUGGGUUCUGAUUUCUGGAACAAGGCAAAUGUUUUACUGAUAUUGAGCGCGCCCUUCAUCCACGUUUAUAGAACCUCUGAAGCUAUAAUUGGCGGUUUACUUUAUUUUCUCAGCUAUGUUGCCUUUUUCCAUUUUUUCACCAAUUCUGGACCUUUUGAACUUAAUUUUUUUGGAGAUUCCUCUCAAACCUGGGCAGAAUGUAAAUUUUCCCAUGUGGAGUGUGGUGGGGUGACUCCACACCAAGCUUUAAAUUUGUGGUCGGUAAGCCAUCACAUUCCCUAGUCUGAAACAGAUAAUGGUUGACCGCUGAUGGAUUCAUCUCCCAUUUCUUGAGAAUAUUUAGAAUUUUCGUUUCUUUCUUAUCUCAAUUUACUGUCUUCUCCUUAUGUUGUUACUCUGUCAGUUAUCACCAUCAGCACAGUAACUCAGCUUAGUAAGUUGAGUUUUCCAACCAGAGGUCUUCCACUUUUUUAUUUUUUCGAGCAGCCAUCUCUCAGCCUAAAUGUAACUAAACCAUUCCUCAGCCUAAAUGUAACUAAAUUGUGGGUUCCAGCGGAGACAUCCUACCAGUAAUAUCGAAGAAGAUGUCUAACCUUGUAGCAAUUGUAUUUGUCUUUUCGUAGUUAGGCAACAUGUCCAUGUUAAGGAAAGGUCAUGCCAAUUGCCAACUGGACGGUCCAUAUUUUAGACACAACCGAUACUAUUGAUAGGCAAGUUUUGUGCCGCUUGUGU